UUAACAUCUGGGAGCUCUGCUCUAUUCUACCAUAUGCAAGAUAGUUACAUACGGCGUUGUUACUUUGCAUUGCAUUUCUGUUUGUAUAUUCAAGAGGUUGCAAAGAAAGGUGAUUUUUGCAACUUAAAAGUUGGUUUUUAUUUUAAAUGCUUUGUUUUACGUGGACAAGAGAUGUUGCUGAUUCUUCUGAUCCUUCAGUGCGCGAUCCGCACUGCUUUUUGUGAAACUCUGAGCUGCGAACAUUACCUCAGCCGACGCGUGGCUGGUGUGUUUCACUAUGAUCGUAAUAUUCGCUACAACCUGACGUUCCAGGAAGCUAAAGAAGCCUGCGAAAAGGACUUUGCAGCCUCACUAGCUGACAGAAUGCAGCUGUUUACCGCGUAUCAACAGGGGCUGGAAGAGUGCAGGGCUGGGUGGAUUUCAUCGGCUGAGGUGGCCUACCCUCGAGUUCACAAGAACUGGAAUUGUGGCCAGAAUCACACAGGCAUCAUCACAUACGGAAUUAGGGAAAACCUGCUAGAGAGAUGGGAUGUGUUUUGCUACAAAGAAGACAACAACUGCUCUGUUUACCCGACGUUUUUCCCAACAGCACAGAGCUCAGCAGCAAGCGAAAACGCUGAAAUUCAAAAUGUUAGUGGUGGCUACUUUACAAUUACAAGUACAUUGAGGAGGAGAAAAACGGGAACUAAAACUGCAGACACUGGAAACUCCUGGACCAGAAGGGAUCCAAAAGGCUUUAAUAACAACAGCCCUGUUACAACAACUUUGAAUGGCAUGAGAUCUGGUUCAUCUGAAAGUUCUAAUGGAUUAACCAGAGCAAGAGAUGGACCAUUUAACAUUCCCGAUGAUGGAAAUCAGGAAAUGGCAUCAAGCAUCAAGGAGAGGCAAACAAUGGAACCUCUGCUUCAGGACGCAAUCACAGGGGCUGCAGAAGUAGAGCAGGCAACUGAGGGAUUUGAAAUCCUGAGCAGUAAAAUGCCCGGGUCCCCUCUGUUUUCUGUACAGUUAAAAACCACCCCCCAUAAUGCAGUGCCUGAAUCCAAAAUAACAGAUGUCAAACUGGUGGGUCCCUUCAGAACUGUGAGUGCGUCCUUUGUUUCUGAUUCUCUAAUGUCACAUGCUCUUCCACUGCCUACACAGGGACUGUACAAGCAAGAUAACGCGGAACAAACACAGGGUGACAAUAUUGAUAUUAUACAUCCCUCAUCGAGGAAAGAUAUCAAUCAAAGCACUUACACAACAACCACGAUGUUCUCAAUGUCAUCAUAUCAGCCUAAUACCUCACCAGAAUUGCGCGAGGUAACAUCUGCUGCUGUAUCUAAUGAAAGGCAGACAACAGAAACAUAUACUAACCGACAAGAAGCAUUUUCUGAAAGAAGUUUAUUUGAGUUUGUGAAACCAACAAAGACUCCAGUGUUUAAGUUGACUACCGCUGGACAUCUCAAGGACAGAAUGGCUGGUAGCCGUACCAUUUCACAAAACCUGGAAUCAGAGCACACACAAAAAACAGGAAAUGCUCAUGGAAAUGAAGCAUCCACGGAAGAACUCCAGAUGAAAGAGCUUCACGUCACAGCCACCUCUCCUUCUUAUCCAAGAAGCCACGAUCCUGUCCAAGAUUUAAAUUCUGCCACUGAUCAACCUGACCAUCCAGAGAAAACACCUGUAACAGUUCUCACUGAUACUGGUAGACAGCAUGAAGCCACCACAGUUAUAGGCAGCUCUGAGGUGCCACCAGUGUCCUGUGGAGGUGUGCUACAGGGAGAUAAGGGGGAGUUCCAGAGCCCUGGUUUUCCUCAGUCAUACCCGAGUAAUAUGGACUGCACCUGGGAGGUCACAGCUCCUCCUGGGCACCUCAUUCUCUUGGCAUUUCACUCAAUGGCGCUGGAGGAGCACAAGGGCUGCCAGUAUGACUUCAUCACCGUCUUUGAUGGCAAACGAGAGGAGGGAGUGGAGCUAGGCAGGUUUUGUGGGUCGCAGUUGCCUCCUCCACUCAGAUCGUCAUCCAACACCAUGACGGUGCAGUUGAGAUCGGACGCCUCUGUGGAGCUUGAUGGGUUUUCAGUCCGCUUUCAUUCAGUGAAGCCUCCAUCAAGUCUUCCAGGCCGUGUUAGAUUGCGAGGGGGCAGGAAUCGGUUUGAAGGGCUCGUGGAAAUGGCUUUCGGUGGAGCGCUAGGGAGGGUGUGUGCCGAGCAGUGGGAAAAAAGGGAAGCGACAGUGGUGUGCCGACAGCUGGGAUUCCCUGGAGCCGCCAUCGCGUACAGGGUCCAGUCACAAGCACGUGACCCUCCUGUGACUGUGUCCUAUGUGGAAUGCUCAGGGGAUGAAAGCUCCCUGGAUGAGUGUGAAGUUAAGUGGGGCCGGGAAUGUAGUACAACAGAAAGAGCUGCCGUCCACUGUCAAGUUAUGGAGACCUGCUCAAUCCUGAGGAGUGCCGGUGUCCUGGAAUCUGGAACCUAUGUCAUUGACCCAGAUGGGGAGGACCAGGGAGUCGAGCCCUUCCCUGUCUUCUGUGACAUGAACUCUCUACGAGCUGAUGGUGUGACCGUGGUGGGCCAUGACUCAGAGAGCCGUACACGAGUCUCUCCCUGCGAGAAGGCUGGCUGCUACUCCAGGCACAUAACGUACAGGCAGGCAUCGCUGCUGCAGCUGAGGUCUCUGAUUCAGGCCUCUGAAUCCUGCACUCAACUCGUCAAACUGGAAUGUCGCCACACUCGGUUUCUGGGAGAGGAGUGGGGCUGGUGGGUAUCCUGGGAUGGACGUAGGAUGAACUCUUGGGGCGGCACAUCUACGGACAGUAAGAAAUGUGCCUGUGGAGAGAGAGGUGACUGUGAUCUUGGAUUGCUGACAUGCAACUGCGAUGCUAAUGACGAAGUGUGGCGUUCAGAUGAAGGCUACCUGUCUGACAAGGCCUCCCUGCCCAUGAGAGAGGUGAGAUUAGGAGACACCCAAGACAUGCCAAUGGAGAUGGCCUUCCACACGAUUGGAAAACUGUUCUGCACUGGACAAAGUAUCACAGUGGUGAGUCACAACAGUGGGCACCGCAUGCGUGUGGCUCCUUGCGAAGAGAAAGGCUGUUACAGGAAAGAGCUCCAAUACGAAGCAGAUCUCCCUCAGCUCCACGCCUUAACACAAGUGUCCAGGUCCUGCCAGCAGUAUGUCAAGGUGAGCUGGGAGCAGAGAGCAGGAGAGAAGACAGCUGCACAGCUGUUAAAACGUCUGCUGUAG